GCAGCAGCUGUUUUUUAGUUCCAUUGCUUUGGAACAAAUCCAUUUUUUCAGCUUAAACACUGAAAAUAGAAAUUACAGGAUAAUGUCAAGCCGUGACACAGUUCAGUUCACAGACCCGUCAAUCAUCUCGCCUUCAGCCAAUCACUGCCGAGCUUCAGGUAAUGUCAGGAAUGCUCUGCAGUGAUUGGUUGACAGAGGAAAGGGGCGGAUGCUGUUUAAGUUGAGUUAAACUUCAACUUUCAGAGUCAGGAAAGCCAGAAACAGCCACGAACCCGCAGUCUGUAUGGAUUUAUUAUGUUAAACACAAGAACAGACUGUAUGUUCUCCACGUAAUUGUACUUGCGUUUGUCACGUGCCCAGUUAUGUAACAUCCUUGAUUGAUGGUGUGUGUGUGUGUGUGUGUGUGUGUGUGUGUGUGUGUGUGUGUGUGUGUGUGUGUGUGUGUGUGUGUGUGUGUGUGUGUGUGAGAGAGAAGGGGAGGGCUGAUCCUGCUGCAGCACUGUGCAGCAGCAGGUAAAGCUCCUCUCAGCUCUCCAGCUUCAGGACUGUAAAGCAGAGUUUCUCUCAGACUUCAGGGUGCGUUCAGCCGGCCUCAUGGCUCUCCUCACCAACCUCACCGUCCUCCUGGUCCUGGCUUGUGUUUCCCACCAGCUGGCUCUGUGCGGCUGCCAGAGGAGCCCGGGCCGGAGGGGACGGAGCUCGGACCGGGGACCGCACCGAGACAGGUCGGGCCUGAAGGUUUCCCGUCACCCCAAGUCCGUCUCCGCUCAGCCCAUCCGGGGCAAACUGGUCACUAAGGCUAAAGAAGAGUGCACGUGGGCUGCAGCGGGCGAGGACGUCCUGGUCCUGGGGCUGACCUGCAGGAAGGGGGACUCCAGCUUCAGCUGCGAGUACGUGGGCCGGCCGGACGUCUGUCCGCAGUACUCCUCCAACACCAAGCUGUACUGGAAGCAGAUCGCUCGCUCGCUGAAGAAGCAGCGGCGUCUGUGCCGGGACGGCGACGCGCUGGUCCGGACGGGUUUGUGCCGGAGAGCUGCCAGAGACGCUCACUUCAGACUGCGGACCGCCCGUCCUCCCGCGGCGCCUCUGCAACCCACGGCCCGGACGGCCUGUCGGGGCGAGAACAAGCAGCUGGCCGAGGAGUACUGCAGCGGCGCCUGGUCCAGCUUCUGCAACUUCUUCAUCACCAUGGUGAACGAUAACGACUGCUGAAACGCAAAUCCACCUCCAGAACCUCCACGACCUCGUUUCAAUAGAUACUCCCUGUCCUUUUCUAUAUGUCAGUUGAUCACAAUGUAAUCCAUGAUAAAUUGUUUUUUUUUUUAAGAAAAUGCUGCACAAAAAUAAAGAUCACUG